GGCUCGGGGCGUCUGGUAGUUGCAGUGCUGCGCGUCGCUUGCUUGGGACCGGCCGGCUUUUAAAUUCAGGGCCGGGGUUUGGAAUAGGGUCGUUAGUUUCAAACUCGUUUGUUAAAUAAAUAAAUAGAGGAACUGGGAGUAAAAAAUUUAAACAAUUAGGAAUAGAAACGACAAUGAAUAUUACUUCCGCACGUUGAUUUAAAAAGAGAUGAAUAAAUUUAAAAAAUUCAAAUGAUUUUUAUUAAACAAAUGAGAUAGUCUGAUGCAUUUUAAUCUCGGUGUUAACAGUUCCGUGGUUAUAAUUAGUUAAAUUGUACAGUGAAUAAUUAGAAAGCUAAUAUGUGGUUUCAUCUGGUCCUGCAACUCAUCGGUUUUGGACUGUUGAAUCGCAUAGACGCGCAAGUGCAGCCGUCCGACGAUCCUGGCUUGUCGUUUUCUAUAAAUCCCAAGGAUCGUUCGGCGUUCGAGGGUACCUCGGUACGACUGGAGUGCAAGGCGGAAAAUUUCGGACCCACCUCCGACGACGUGGUCUACUCUUGGACCUUCGAGGGGAAACCGAUCGCCCCAAGUCCGAGGAGAUACCAGGUCGGCGGUGACCUCGUGAUAACCAGAGUAGACCGGACCUCGGACACUGGCAAUUACCUCUGCAAAGCGACGAACAAACGGACGGGACGAUUCAUAGAGAGUUCACCCGCGAACCUCGACGUUCAAUGGGUCACCAAAGCGGACGUUCAACUGCAGUUACCUAAAUUGCCGACCCUUCUCAGGACCGGUGUCGACGUCGAGCUGAGAUGUCACGUCGAAGGGUCGGGUGAGAUGCGAUACGAAUGGUUCAAGAACGCCGAGAGAAUAUCAAAAAGCGACCGAGUGGAGAUGAAGAAAAAAAAAUUGCACAUUCGUAAAUCAACACCAGAAGAUAACGGAGUCUAUACAUGUCAGGCGCGUAAUGAGGUCGGCUCUUCGCCCCAGGGUGAUAAUUUCCCUCUUAUUAUACCUAGCAACGAAACGGCCACGAUAAAAACGGUCCCCCAAAACGUCAUAGCGAGACGUGGAGAACCGGCAUAUUUUCACUGCUCCUACGAAGACGCCGACGCCGUACAGUGGUUCUUCGGCAACAAUGGACCACUCGAAUCGGACGAUGAAAAAAUCCUAUACGAUAACGGGACUCUGAUGAUUCGAGCUGCCGAACACAGGGAUCAAGGGAUGUACUCGUGUCAUGGGAUCAGAGGCGAAACUUUACAAGUUUAUUCGGCGGAGAUGCAAAUAGCGUAUUUGCGUAAUUUGUCGGCGGCCUCUUUCGAGCCGGCAUUGCCUAACGAACUAGCCGUUGUCGGAGAGCAUCAGGAAUUGCAGAUAAGUUGCUUGGCACCUUCCGGUCUGCCGGCGCCAAAAGUAUACUGGAAAAAUCCUAACGGCCGUAUAAUAAGCGAUCUGGGGGACGUCAGGGUCCAGGACAACACCCUGAUUAUCGGAAAAGCCAGGCUGGACGAGGACGAAGGGAAUUACACCUGCGUAGCCGAGAAUUCGGCCGGGGAAACCGAGAUGACCGUGCAACUCGUGGUUUCCACGGCACCGAGUCUGAUCAGUUCGCCGGAAUCGUUGACGGUUACCGAGGGAAGUCCCGGCAGUUUGUCGUGUUCGUACGUGGGCGUAGAGGCCCCGGUAACCCACGUACGUUGGCUGAAGGACGGCGAACCCCUGCGCGAAAGCGGCGGUCCGUCACGUCACCGGGUAACCGAUAUACGCGGCAACGUCACCCUGUCGUUGAAAAGCGUCGAAUUAUCCGACAAGGGCAGCUACAAGUGCGAAAUAUCCACCAAGGGUUUCCCCCCGAUAUUUUCCGAGCACGCCGAGCUAGUAGUUAAGGAAAAAUUGAAGUUCUCGCCACCCCCGGUUAACAAACGACUCGAACUCGGCUCGACCGCGAAAGUUUACUGCAAGGCGCAAGGCGCCACACACCCCACUGUUAAAUGGGUAAAAGAGAAACGCGGUUCGACCGAGUUCCCCCAACAUAUUCAAGACAUCAACGGCACAUUGCACUUCAACGGUGUCGUUGAAGACGACAAAGGGAGGUACACUUGCUUGGCCACGAACGCGCAAGGCUCCAUCAACCACACCAUUACCAUCGACGUUGUUAUCGCUCCGAAAUUUACCGUUCAGCCUCAAAAUCCCACCGACGCGAUCGAAGGCGAUUCGGUGAUGAUUCAUUGCUCGGCCGAGGGAGAUCCGAAGCCUACCAUUCAAUGGGACAAAAAUUCUCGCAUGAACAAUUUGGAAAGCCCUCGUUUCGAGGUGCUAUCAAACGGAAGUCUCUAUAUCCGCGAGGUCUAUCUUACUGACGAGGGCAAGUACGGAUGUACAGCCGGAAACAGCGGGGGACUCAAGAGGGAGGAAGUUCAGCUUAUUGUCCGAGGCGGAGAUCGUUACCGCUUGGAUAUAGAUCUUGAGACCGGGGAGGACGGAUCAAUGAUGACGAAGACGGUAACGAUAACUCUGAGCGCCGCAGCUGCCUACAUGGUUUUAGUCGUCGGACUUAUGCUCUACUGUCGAUACCGCCGGAGGCGUAGGAAGCAGCAGUACUUGCAGGAACAAGCCGAAGAAAAAAUGGAGAACGGCGAUGUCGCGGAAGAGCAGACCGAGUUGAAGGAUACGAAUCACAAGUCUUCGUCGGGCGCCAGUGGAAAAAAGGGUGAAAAUCGCGACUCUCAUCGUAGCGAUGGCGCCGACACUGCUCAAAGCCAGAGUAGCAAUCAUUCGAAGAAGUCUAAAUCGAGUUACGACAAAAUCGCCGUGUCUCGUAGUAACCUGAAGGAUCUGAAGCCGCUCGGUCGUGGUGAAUUCGGUGACGUUUUCGGUUCGAAGUACCAACUAGACGGCGAAAAAGAGACUCUCGUUAUGAUUAAGAGUCUCACGAGUACGAAGGACGAGAAUUCGCUUCAAGAAUUUAAACGGGAACUGGAUCUUUUGCAUAAAUUGAACCACGAGAAUGUCGCCAAAUUAAUCGGUCUGUGCAGAGAAGAAGAGCCGCAUUACAUGCUCCUCGAAUACACGGACUGGGGUGAUCUGAAACAAUUUUUAAUAGCGUCGCGAAAGGAUAGCGCUUCGAGCCCAUCUCACGAUUCGAAAAAACGGGCUCCUCAGCUCUCGGUCGCCCAGAUACUGUCGCUCUCGAUACAGGCAGCUAAGGGUCUGAAACACGUUGCCGAUAAUCGACUGGUCCACAAGGACGUUGCCGCCCGAAAUUGUCUGAUAUCAAGCAAUUUUUCAAUAAAGAUAUCAUUCCCCUGCAUGACCAAAGAGCCGUACCAUCAGGAGUAUAUGAAACACCGUAACCACGUGAUCCCCCUACGAUGGCUUCCUUACGAGGCGGUGUACGAGGACGAGUAUUCGUCGAAAAGCGACGUUUAUUCGUUCUCUUGUUUAGUUUGGGAGAUGUUCCAUCAAGGAGAAUUGCCGUUUAAUAAAUUAAACGACGACUCAGUUUUAUCUCAAUUAAAAGCUCAAAGUUUAGGUUGGAAGGCCCACAAAGCGGCACCACCUGCAUUACAGGGUUUACAAUCGACUUGUUGGGCGAACGAUCCAAGAGAGCGUCCCACUUUUGACGAAGUUGUUAAUAAAUUAGGCGAAAUUGUUUUAGAUAGCUGCCUAUCGACGUAGGUGAUUUGCGUUGCAAUAACAAAAAUAAAAAAAGAAAAUUUGAAAAAAAAAAAAAAAGGAGAACAAGUGAGAACCAAAAAAAAAAAAAAAAGAAUGGAAAGUGAAUUCUUAAAUAACGAAGAAAAAAAAAAGAAUUAUUUGAAAAAUGGAAAAUAAUAAUAACAAUACUGUAACACGUCAAUCGCAACGAGAAGAAAAUUCGAGAGCUCUUCACUUUUCUUCCUCCAUCUCUGUCUUUCUAGCCUCCACUCUCAUUCGUUUCACGUAUCUGACGGUAAGAACUGAUAACUGCGAAAUUCUUCUCAUUCCAUCAUUCGAAGAAGCAGAAAAGUGAAAAGUCAAAAUUUUAAUCUAAUCUCAUCUGAUCUGAUUGACGUCUCAAACUUGCAGUAUUUAAACUCGUCCAUUAGCUCUCUAAGGGAAUAAUAUUUAUUUCCGACUGAAUAACUUUAUCCAUCCAUCUGUACCUUCCUCCUUCCCUCCCUGACGCAUUGAAAUUCGUGAGUAUCGCAAUUUAAUGCGGAUGAGUAGAAAAAGAAUCAUUUACACAUAACAUUUAACCAUCAUAAUCAUUGCACUCGAAUCGUAUAAUAAUGAUAUCAAUGACUUAAUAAUAGUAAUAUUUAUAAUGACAUGAAACAUUAAUCAUAUAAUUAUUAAUGAUAACAACUGCAACAAUAAUAAUAAUAAUAUAAUGACUAUAACACGAUGCUCACUAUAGCUGCAUAAGACGUACAAGUCUGAUUCAUCUCACAUCGAAUAACAAUAUACAUAUAUGCAUAAUUAAUUAUUCCAAUAAUCGUAAUCAACUACCUUUACGUAUAAAUACGUAACUGGAAAGAACAUUUUUUACAAACAAUGCUCAUUUUUUCUAUGUUUUUUUAUCAGAAAAAUAAAAUAAAUAAUAAUAAUAAUAGUAAUAAUAAGAACAAAAAUAAGAAGAAAGUAACGAAAUCAUAUCAAUUAUACUAUUGAAAUUAUGUAUAGGAAAUCUUAAAUCCAUGAAAAAUUCAGAUUCACAAAAACGUAUUACGUAAUUAUUAUAUUUAUGAAGUGAUACUCUUACACUAUACUUAAUCACCACGAAAUUGAUGCGAAACGGUGGAAAAAAAUGAGAAAAAAAAUUCGAGAAGAGAGGGGGAAAAAAUGGAAUUUAAUUCGAAGUCAGAAUGUCAUCUACAAUGAUGUGUGUAAUAUUGAAUCGUAAUCACUGGUACACAAUUUUUUACAGAUAUACCCGCGUAAACUAUGCAUCGGUAUCGUAUAGUGUAUCAUAAGAAUAUUACAAUAAAAAUAAUAAUGAUAAUGAUAAUUGUAACAAUAUUAAUAAUAAUAACUGACGCAUUUGAGGAGAAGAUGGUAACGCGAGCUCAUAAUUCUUAAUAACUUGAUGAAACCAAAUUUUGAGUGAAGAAAUAGAAAAAAGAAGAACAGAGAUAAACGGCCUUGUAAAUACCGUAUGAGCAAGAACGGAAGAUGAAAAACAACGAGGUGAAUGUAAUUUUCUUUUCAGACAGAAUGUUCUGAUUUGCUUGGCUACGUUACAAUAUAACAUGCAUAUAUUUAUACGCGAUCGUACUUGUGAAACAAAAUGAAAUAUUUGUAGAACGAACAAAAAAAACGAAUGAAAAUGAUAUCUUUAACUUCACUUCAGUUUAUUUCAGUAGACAAAAACGCCAACGAUUUUUAUCGUCACUAUACACGCUAUCGAUUAACCCCUAAAUUUAUUUAUAUUAUUAUCAUAAUAUAAUUUUAUAUUAUUAUACACAUUUAUACGUAUGUAAUAUUACACAUUAUUAACGAGUACUCAUUAAAAAUAAAUAUGUUAUACAAUACGAUAACGGCGAUAAUGAUAAUAAUAUUAAUAACAAUAAUGAUGAUAUAAUAAUCGUGAAAUAAUAUCCAUGCAAACACUGCCGAUAUAAUAUUCAUAAACCCAUCAUAAUAAUAGUAAUAAUAAUAGUAAGUACAAUAACGAUAUUAAUAACGGUAAAAUUUGAUAUAAAGCGAUAGUCGUCAUAAUGAAGUAAUUUAUUACGUGCAUCAUUCAAAUCAGACUCUUCAUUAUUCACCAUAUGAAUCUGCGAUAUACCGUGACAGAUUUCUUUUUAGUUAUAGCAUUAUCGAUUUUUGACACUGUUUAAAAAAAGACAUAAUUAAUCUGUCAGAAAUAAUUCUAUCGCAACAAACAUACCGUACGCGUCUUUGAUUAACAUUAUACUCAACUUUGAUUGGAAAAAAAUACGUAAUUUUUUUAUUUUUUUAUUUUUUUCUUUAGAACAUAAAUCGACUCGUCUUCCUUGUGAUCGUGAGUAUAAUAAAGUUAAUUAUCGAAUGUAUAUUGGAAUGAUAAUAAUUCUGAUGAUGUAUCUGCGAGAUUGCGGUACAUCCAAUUUUAUAAAAUAAAUCUAGUCACCGUAUUGUGCAGUGGUAGUAAGAUGCGAACUAUUUGGAGGGAAAACAAAUAAUUGCAAACUAUCAAUCAUGGAUUGAUUGAUCGAUUCAUUCAUUGUUACCUCAUCCGCGUACAUUAUCAUCUUCAUAUAUGAUUCCGUAGACUUUUCACAUGAUCAGAACGUAUUAACAAUUGUUAUUAUAGUCGGCUAUUUGAAAUAAUAAAAAAAUUGAAAGAAAAUUAAGAAAA